GGUUUUUUUCCUUCUUUUCUUCUCCUUCUCCUUCUCGCUUUUCAUUCUGCCUCUCUCUCUUCAUUUUUAUUCAUUUUCAAGGGUUUCGAGGUUUCAAAUCUUUCUCUGUAAAAAAUCACAUCUGAUCCCUCUCGUUCUCUUUCUAACAACAAAUUUUCGAGUCUUGAAAGGAUUCCAAGUUUCAUUAUUUGUAAAUCAACGACGAUCUAAGAUUAUUUUUUGGAGAAAUGGUGUCGAUUGGCCCAAGAUUUGGAAAUCAAUUCUUGUUAUUUUGAUUCUGAUAAAUAUUCGAGAUAAUUUAAUCAAGAAGAAGAAGAUAUUUUUCUAUUGGAUAUUGAUUUUUCGUGGUAAUUAAGGUAUCUGAGAUCCAGGGUUUUUAUGUGCAAUUAGGUUUUGAUGGACAUGGAAGUAGUAGUAGGGGAUGUGGCGUCCUUAGAUAUUGAAUUGUUACAGUUACCUGAGUUAUCUCCGAUAGCUCUUAAAUCAAACCCUCACAUUGUUGCCGAGUUGUUCUCACAGUGGCUUUCACUUCCUGAUACUACUCGUCUGGUAAAAUCUUUGCUCGAUGAUGCUAAAGCAGGCUCUCCACUCAAUGUGUCAGGGAGUUCUUGUAGUUCAACCGCUGGCUCGAACAAUUCAUUGCCUUCCAUGUUUCCAGCAGGCAGUGCUCCACCACUUUCACCUAGGAGUUCAUCUGGUUCACCGCGCAUCACAAAGCGCCUAGGGGUUGGCCCAUCUUCUUUAGGUUCUCCCCUAAGAUUAGUCAAGCAGCCAGUUAGAGAAGUCAUACCCCAGUUCUACUUUCAAAAUGGCCGCCCACCCCCAAAUGAUCUGAAACAGCAAUGCUUGGCUAGAAUUAAUCAGAUUUUUUCUGGGCACUUAGAUACUGGGCUGCAAGUUCAUGAUUUUAAAUCAGUUACAAAGGACAUUUGCAAGUUACCAUCAUUUUUUUCUAGCUCUCUUUUCAAAAAGAUUGAUGUGAACUGCACUGGGGUGGUGACAAGGGAUGCAUUUGUUGAUUACUGGGUCAAUGGCAACAUGUUGAGCAUGGAUAUAGCAUCCCAGAUAUUUACGGUUUUGAAGCAACCAGACCGCAAGUACCUCACUCAGGAAGACUUCAAACCUGUUCUACGAGAACUUUUGGCAACUCAUCCUGGUUUGGAGUUCUUACAAAGCACACCGGAGUUUCAAGAAAGAUAUGCGGAAACCGUCAUAUACAGAAUAUUUUUCUAUGUGAAUAGAGCAUGGAAUGGUCGUCUUACUCUGCGGGAAUUGAAACGUGGCAAUCUAAUUACUGCAAUGCAACAUGCUGACGAGGAAGAGGAUAUAAACAAAGUGUUAAGAUACUUCUCUUAUGAACACUUCUACGUUAUAUACUGCAAGUUUUGGGAGCUUGAUCAAGAUCAUGAUUUCUUGAUCGAUAAGGAGAACCUCAUCAGAUAUGGUAACCAUGCCCUUACCUACCGGAUAGUCGAUAGAAUUUUUUCACAGAUUCCAAGAAAAUUUACUUGCAAGGUUGAAGGGAAGAUGGGAUAUGAAGAUUUCGUUUACUUCAUGCUGUCGGAGGAAGAUAAAUCAUCCGCACCUAGUCUUGAGUAUUGGUUCAAGUGUAUAGAUUUGGAUGGAAAUGGUGUGCUGACAUCCAAUGAAAUGCAAUUUUUUUAUGAAGAGCAGUUGCAUCGCAUGGAGUGCAUGGCACAAGAGCCCGUGCUCUUUGAGGAUAUUUUGUGUCAGAUGGUUGACAUGAUUGGACCAGAGAAUGAAUGCCAUAUUACGCUACAUGAUCUGAAAGGCUCCAGGCUGUCUGGGAAUGUCUUCAAUAUCCUUUUCAAUCUCAACAAAUUCAUGGCUUUUGAGACACGCGAUCCAUUUUUGAUUCGUCAGGAACGUGAAGAGCCCACCUUGACAGAGUGGGAUCGUUUUGCACAUAGAGAAUAUAUUAGGCUUUCAAUGGAAGAAGAUGGUGAAGACGCUUCUAAUGGAAGUGCAGAAGUUUGGGACGAAUCACUUGAGGCUCCGUUCUGAGCUUGAUGAAGUAUAGUAGAGAGUUGCUGAAUACUUGCACCCAUGAACCUAAGGCAGAAGUCUGAAAUUGGCUCUGGGAGUUGGGACGGGUCAUUGUGCCUUCCGACUUAAAAAAAGAAGAAGCAAACCUCCAAUAUUUGAUCAUCAUUAACUCCAUCGUGAUAAGUCGUAAGAGUCACACAAUUUAUUUUAUACUUAGAUGUGUGCAUCUUUCUUGGCCGCAAGUUUGACGAGGAUGGGGGCGGCAUUGUGGAAAAUAGUGUAUUUGCAGAAAGGAUGGAUGGGCAUAGGAGUAGCAGCAGCAGAUACUGGCUGGUGAUUAAUUGUCACCAGGCAGUAACAGCAAUGAUUUCAUUUUUGUUUUUCCUUUUAUAUGUGAUUAACCCCCUUUAAAAAGUCUAUUUACUCUUUAGUCUCUAGUCCUGAAAAUUAAAAUUGCUGCUAGCCUCCAUAAAUUAUUAUUUCGAAAAAUAUUUUUUCUUGAAAGGCC